CUUUCCCGCAGUGACCGGCCAUCUCAGACUACGUUACUGUGUUUAUAGUGGAAUUGGAAGAAAUAUAUUGGCUGAAUCAAUCUGCACACGCAAUUCAACAUGGCAGAAGGCGUCAAUGAACGAGAGACGUGGGGUUCGAAGUUCGACUUUAUUCUUGCUUUGAUGGGAUUUUCCAUUGGGCUCGGUAACAUUUGGCGAUUUCCUUAUCUGUGCUUCAAGAAUGGUGGAGGAUGUUUCCUCAUUCCCUAUUUGAUUUGUCUGAUCGUGGCUGGUGUCCCUGUUCUGGUCAUGGAAAUCGGCCUAGGACAGUACACAAGCCAAGGUGGAAUCACAGCAUGGAAAAUUUGUCCCAUUUUUCAAGGUAUUGGCUACGCUGGGGUGCUGGUUAUGCAGUACAUUAACAUUUACUAUACCGUGAUCCUCGGCUGGGCAUUUUACUACAUGUUUGCUUCGUUCCAAUCCAAGCUGCCGUGGUCACACUGUGGAAAUGAAUGGAAUACACCAAACUGUGUGGAUGGCAGUGUAAAACGAAACAGCUCCAUACAAAAUACAUCCGCUAUCGCAGGCAUUUCGGUUGUGUACUUCACUGCCACAGCUCCAUAUCUGCUGCUGACCGCCAUCUUAAUCCGCGGUGUCACUCUACCAGGAGCUGCCGACGGUAUCAAGUUUUAUCUGACUCCAGAUCUGUCAAGACUUGGUGACGGCCAGGUAUGGCUUGAUGCUGGUACCCAGGUAUUUUUCUCGUAUUCCAUUGGCAUGGGAACCAUGACAGCGCUUGGGAGCUAUAAUAAAUUCAGGAACAAUUUUUACAGGGAUUCCAUCAUAUUUACCCUCUGUAACAGUGGAACAAGUUUUUAUGGUGGAUUUCUCAUCUUUUCUGUGCUGGGUUUUAUGGCUAAAAAUCAAGGGGUGACAGUAGAGGAAGUUGCCAAGCCAGGUCCUGGACUGGCCUUUGUAGUUUAUCCGGAAGCUGUAGCUCAGAUGCCUCUAUCUCCUUUGUGGUCUGCUUUGUUUUUCUUCAUGGUAAUUUUACUGGGCCUGGAUAGCGAGUUUGUAGGUAUUGAAGGUGUUGUGACCGCCGUCGUUGAUCUGUAUCCUCGAUACCUGCGAAGAGGCUACCGCAAAGAAAUGUUCACAGCUUUUGUGUGUGUCAUCUGGUUUCUCCUUGGGCUGGCCAUGGUCACUGAGAAAUGUCCCAAAAUUUGCACAGGUCGCCAUCGCUUUUAUGACAAAAUGGAAAUCAUGCUGGGAUUUCGCAUCAAUCCAUGGAUUGGUUGGUGUUGGUGCUUUUUAGCGCCGAUUUUUUGUUCGUUCAUCUUCAUCUUUAACCUGGCUACGUAUAAGCCAUUGAAAUACGGUCAGUACGUUUAUCCAGGCUGGGGUCAAACUAUUGGUUGGUUGUUAACGGUAUCGUCAUUAACCUGUAUUCCGGCUGUGAUGAUAUGCAAACUGGUAAAGACUACUGGAACAAUCAGAGAGCGUUUGAACAAGUUGAUUACACCUGAGAUCGAGGUAGACAGGCAAGAAACGGAACUUGAAGAUCAUAAACAAAAUCAGGUUAAUCCGUUAACGGAAACCAACGUGGAAAUAGAACAGAAAGCCUGAUAAACACCUCGGUACAUUUUAUUGUUAGUUGAAACAUAUACAACACUCUGUGCUUGAAAUCAUUUCUAGAAAUGUGUCACCGUCAAUAGAUGAUGAAACAUAACCAAAUAAAGAGAUUCAAUGUCCAAAAGUAA